AUGUUGGUAUCAUUCCGUCUAACAUCUGGAACCACUGGUUCGUUGAUAUGGCAGCAAUAUCAUUUGGAGAAAGAAGUGAAGCAAGACACAAGCGCAAAGCCCGUGGAAGUGAAAGAGGCGGCACCAGAAGUCACUACUCAAGCGGAAGAAGUUAGCAAGGACGAAGCCAAGGAAGAGUCUCCUGCUGAAGAAGAAGCGGCUUCUCCAGUUGAAGAGAAGUCUGAGUCUCCUGCUUCGACAGAAGUGGCUUCGGAAGAGGCUCCUGCUGCGGCUGAAGAGGCUCCUGCUCCUGCUGAAGAAAAUAAUGACGAAAACACUAGCGAGGAAGUUGCUGAGGAAACUCCUGAUGAGAUCAAGCUUGAGACAGCUCCUGCUGAUUUCCGUUUCCCGACAACAAACCAAACAAGGCAUUGUUUCACUCGUUACAUUGAAUAUCACAGAUGUGUAGCUGCUAAAGGUGACGAUGCCCCUGAAUGCGAUAAGUUUGCAAAGUUUUAUCGAUCUCUCUGCCCUAGCGAAUGGGUUGAUAGGUGGAACGAGCAAAGAGAGAAUGGAACAUUCCCUGGUCCUCUCUAA